UUGCGGGCAAUGAGUUUAGCGAACUUGACUCAGAAUCAGUGUCAGAGAAUCAAACAAAAUGUUCCGUUUUACUCACUUUAUUACUAGUUCUAGUUCAACUCAACACAAACAACAAAUAAGCUGAAAAAAGCGCUUUUUUCACUUUCUCACUUCUUCUUCUAAUCAUUUCUCAUUCUCAGCGAUGCCUAUUAUACCUACUGCUGCUUCUUCUUCAUUACUUCCCUCUGCCUCUGAAGGGAAAUGUUGCCCAUAUGGAAUAACUUGCAAUUCAAUCAAAUCCCCUAUUGAUGGCCGAAGGGUGCAUGAUCUUACCAGCACAAGAUGCAAAAGUCCAUUUUUUGGAUCACCACGCUUCCUUUGGCUAUCCACGGGGCAUGAUUUGCUUUCAAAGAUUUGCGUAGCUGCAGACUAUUCAGAUUCUAUAUCUGAUUCAUCCAGUUACAUGAAUAAACAUGGUUAUCAUCCUCUUGAAGAACUGAAAGUUUCCAAUGAUGUUCCACCAGCUAGACUCUCUUCAGCUGAAAUAGCAAAAACUACUAUUGAGGCCAAUACAAACGCUUUGGUAGUAUUUCCUGGAUCGGUACACUCUGAACCACAUGAACAGAUUUCAUGGGCCGAGUUUCAAUACCGUAUUGAUGAUUAUGGAGAUAUAUAUUUUGAAAUAUCUGAUGAUGCAAACAUUUUGGAAGAUCGUGGGGCACAUAGUCCUGUGAAUGCUUUGAUUGGAAUGGACAUCCCAAUGUACGAUAAUAGAAUGCCUAUUAGUGAAUAUGACAUUUUCAAUGGUGGCAUCACUGAUGGGUUUCCAUUUGAUGAUGAUUAUAUUGAGGUUCCGGAAAUUGAAGAGUUUAAUGCAAGUAGCUCAGUUCAUCCAGUUUACUUUUCGAAGUGCUUGGGAAAGGCUAUCAACGUGGAUUAUGAUAAGAGAAUGAGUCAUCCUUCAAAUGGUGUUUCUAUUCUAGGGUACCUUAGACCUGCUUACGCUGAUGAAGAGUCUUAUAUUAGAAUGAUAUAUCACACCGAAGAUAGUGGUGAAUAUAGCUCAGAUUGGAAAGAUUUUUACUCAAAUAGUACCAAGGAUCAAAAAGACACUAAUUUGGUACUCUAUCGGUUGGAGAUCGAGAAAAUCAAGCUACACUCUGUGUAUGGAUCUCAGUCUGAAAUUAGUAUGCUAGAGUUUCAAGAUGCUGAACCUGAUAUUCUUGUAUACUCUACUUCGGCGAUUCUGGAACAUUUCAACCGAAACUGUCAUGAUGCUCUUCAAGUUUUUUGUAAGAAGAAAGGUCUUGAUGCUAAGGAAGCACACUUGGUUGGGGUUGACCGCCUAGGCAUGGAUAUUAGAGUUUUAUCAGGGACAGAAGUAAAAACUCAUCGCUUUGCAUUCAAAGCCCAGGCCAACUCAGGACAUAUGGCUGAAAAGCAAAUUGUAAGACUUUUGUAUCCUCGGUCUCGGCGAAAAAAGAAUACGCAGCAGUAUACAACAUUUUUUUAUACAUAAAACUUUCGGCAUAGGGGAGAUAAGGGCAUUGCUACUCUAUCAAAGAGGAUAAGUGGCCGAGAGAAUUAAACUCGAGCUUCACUGGGGAAGUGUUUCGAUUUUAACCGGAAUUAUAGAUCCUCUAUUGACCCCUUGCAUAAACUUUACUCUGGUCGAAAGAGGGUCAUGGCGGUUAACCUUUUUACGUACUCUACUUUCUCAUAGAUCUGACAUGUCGAACGAAGUGUUAACUUAUUUUCUUUGCUGACUAUAAUAAAAGGUGCCGAUGUUAAUAGAUAGAACACCAAUUUCUUGA